AUGUGCUCUGCGCCAACGUUCCAUUCGCCUAAGCCUCUUCCCAGCGGCCCCGCCAACCAGGCUAUCGCCCGAGAUUCCAACCUACAUAUCAUUCGGUCCACCCCCGUAUCCCAGCGCGGCACACUUGCGGACCUCCUCUUCUGCUCCCGGAAUAGAGAUCCGAGGGUUCUGCCGUAUCCAGACAAACUCAGCCGCCAAGACGUUCCAGUCGCUUCCAUGGGCAGCUUCCGACGUCAUUGCCCUCUGCGUACUAUAAUCUCGGUCCUAGCCGCUCUCCUCGUCUUUGUCUACUGGACACAACACCAGCCCGCCCCCAUCACCAUGCCUGAAGAUACUCUCUCGCGAUUGGUGGUUUCGGUCCGCCACUCGGGUUCCUACUCGCUGACCUUUAGUGUCACCAACAAGCACGACGCGCCCCUGACCGUGCUGAAAUGGCAAUCGCCGUUUGAUCCGUCGGCCGUGCAUCAAGGCGUCCUGAAGCUGUAUUCGCCAGCCGAUAGUGACAUGCCCCUGGAUAUUCCUAUCGUCCAGAUUCGACGACGAAUGCCACCUGGCCGGGACGCGCUGGUUACAAUCGAGCCGGGGCAGACUGCAGAGCACCAAGUAGAGCUCAAGGAGCCUGUGGUUCCUAUAGAUAAGCUCAAAGGGGAUGUCAAGAUAUCCGGUCAAGGAAGGUGGUUGAGUGUCUGGCAGAAGAGAGCAGACGAGGUCUCGGCCAAGGAGCUGGAGGAUCUCGGUGGCGGAGACCAGACUCUGACGGGAGACUAUGUAAUAGAACCAGUGACUGUUACAUUCUAA